GGCGGCGGCUGCAGCCGGGGCCGAGGGCCCGGAGAGGCUGCAGCGCGCCCUGGGCUUGGAGGCGGAGCGCGCGCGAGCAGCCCUCGCGGAGGUGGAGGAGCGGGACGCCGCUUUGGCAGCGGGGGCCGAGAGUGUGCAGAGGCUGCAACACAGCCUGGACUCCGAGGCGGAGUGUGCGCGAGCAGCCCGCGUGGAGGUAGAGGAGAAGGACGCCACAGUCGCAGCGAGUGCAGAGAACCUGGAGAGGCUGCAGCGCGCCCUGGACUUGGAGGCGGAGUGCGCGCGAGCAGCCCUCGCGGAGGUGGAGGAGCGGGACGCCGCUUUGGCAGCGGGGGCCGAGAGUGUGCAGAGGCUGCAACACAGCCUGGACUCCGAGGCGGAGUGUGCGCGAGUAGCCCGCGUGGAGGUAGAGGAGAAGGACGCCACAGUCGCAGCGAGUGCAGAGAACCUGGAGAGGCUGCAGCGCGCCCUGGACUUGGAGGCGGAGUGCGCGCGAGCAGCCCUCGCGGAGGUGGAGGAGCGGGACGCCGCUUGCGCGCUGGGGGUCGGGAGCCUGCAGAGGCUGCAGCGCGUCCUGGACACAGAGACGGCGUGCGCGCGAGCAUUCCGCACGGAGGUAGAGGAGAGGGACGCUGCACUCGCAGCUGAGGCCGAGAGUUUGCAGGAGCUGCAGGACAUCAUUGACGCAGACACCGAGUGCGCGGAGGGACUGCAGCGGGCCUUCGACGCAGAGACGGAGUGUGCAGAAGCAGCCCUCAUGGAGGUGGAGGAGCGGGACGCCAUCUUAGAGGCUUACGCCAGAGCUGGUGUUCAGAGCGUGGAGAGAUUGAAGCACGUCCUGGACUCUGAGACAGAGUGCAGCCGAAAUGCCCGCAUAGAGGCGGAGGAGCGGGACGCCGCGUUGGCAGCUGGCGCUGAGAGUUCGAAGAGGUUGCAGCACGUCGAAGAGACCGAGCAGGAGUAUACUCGGGCAGCCCGAACGGAGGUGGAAGAGAGGGACGCCGCAGUUGCAGCUGGGUCUGAAAGUUUGGUGAGCCUGCAGCACGCCCUGGACUCAGAGACGGAGUGCGCACGAGCAGCCCGUUCGGAAGUGGGGGCGCGAGACGCUGCAGUCGCAGCGGCGGUGGAGAGCUCGCGGAGGCUGCAGCGCGCCCUGGACACCGAGGCGGAGCGUGCGCGCGCAGCCCGCGCGGACGGCGACGCGGCACGCCGGGCCGCGGCGGAGAGCCUGCAGGACGCAGCCUGGACUCCGAGGCGGAGUGCGCGCGAGCAGCCCGCGCGGAGGUCGAGGAGCGGGACGCCGCGGUGGCAGCCGGGGCGCAGAGCCUGGAGCGGCUGCGGCGCAGCCUGGACUCCGAGGCGGAGUGCGCCCGAGCAGCCCGCGCGGAGCGGGACGCCACGCUGGCAGCCGCGGCGGAGAGCCUGGAGAGACUGCAGUGCUUCCUGGACUCCGAGGCGGAGAGCGCGUGGGAAGCGCGCUCGGAGGUCCGGGACCGCGACGCCGCGAGCGCGCUCGAGGCUCAGAGCCUGGAAAGGGUGCGGGGCGCCCUGGAGUCUGAGGCAGAGCUUGCGCGGGCAGCCCGCGCGGAGGUGGCGGAGCGGGACGCCGCGUGCCAAGCCGAGGCCGAGUGCCUGGAGAAGCUGCAGCACAGCCUGGACUCGGAGGCCGCGUGCGCGCGGGCGACCCGGGCGGAGGCGGCGGAGCGGGACGCCGCGGCGGCGGCCGGGGCCCAGAGCCUGGAGCGGCUGCAGGGCGUCCUGGACUCCGAGGUGGAGUGUGCGCGGGCAGCCCGCACCGAGGUGGAGGAGCGGGAUGCCGCAGUUGCAGCUGCGGCUGGGAGUGUGGAGCGGCUGCAGCAAGUCCUGGAAGGGACGCUGCAGCUGCAGUCGGAGGAGCGCGACGCUGCGGUCGCAGUCGGAGCGCGGGCCGAGAUCCUGGAGAGCCUGGUGGAGGAGCUGAAGGCGGAGCGUGCGAAGACGGCCCGCGUGGCAUCGGAGGAGCGAGGCGCCGCGGCUGCAGCCGCGGCCGAGGGCCUCGCUAGGCUGCAGCGCCUCCUGGACUCCGAGGCGGAGCGUGCUCGUGCCGCCCGCGCGGAGGUGGAGGAGCGCGACGCGGCGGCUGCAGUCGGUGCCGAGCAGCUGGAGAGGCUACAGGUCGCCCUGGACUCUGAGGCGGAGGGCUCGCGCGCGGCCCGCGGGGAGGCCGAGAAGCGCGGCGCCGAGGUCCUGGCCAGGGCAGAGGGCAUGGAGAGGCUGCAGCUCCUCCUGGACUCUGAGGCGGAGUGCGCGCGAGCAGCCCUCGGCCAGGUAGAGGAGCGAGACGCCGCGGUCGCAGCAGGUGUGGAGGGCAUGGAUCAGCUGCAGCACGCGCUGGAUUCUGAGGCGGAGUGCGCGCGAGCAGCCCUCGCGGAGGUGGAGGAGCGGGACGCCGCCGUUGCACUUGGUGCUGAGAGUUUAGAGAGGCUGCAGCACGUCUUGGACUCUGAGACGGAUUGCGCGUGGGAAGCACGCACGGAGGUCCGGGACCAGGAGGCUGCGUGUGCACUUGAGGCUCAGAGGGUGGAAAGGUUGCAGGACGCUUUGGAGUCCGAGACGGAGCAUGCGCGGGCAAGCCGCAUGGAGGUGGAGGAAAGGGACGACGCUGUUGCGGCUGAAUCUAGGAAUGUGCAGAUGCUGCAACGCUUGCUGGACUCUGAAACGGAACGCUCGCGAGUAGCCCUCAUGGGAGUUGAGGGGCGGGACGCCGAGGUCCUGGCCAAGGAAGAGGGCAUUGAAAGGCUGCAGCACGCUCUAGACUCUGAGGCGGCAUGCGCGCGAACAGCCCGCCUGGAGGCGGAGGAGAAGGACGCCGCGAUGGCAGCAGGUGCUGAGAGCUUGGUGAUAUUGCAGCGUGCCCUGGACUCCGAGACGGAAUCUGCACGAGCAGCCGCUGUCGAAGUGGAGGAGCGAGACGCUGCACUCGCAGCAGGUGCAGAGAGGUUGCAGCACGCGCUGGGUUCUGAGGCAGAGUGUGCGCGGGAAGCUCGUGCGGAGGUGGAGGAGCGGGAUGCCGUGUGCGCACUCGGGGCCCAGAGCCUGGAGGGGUUGCAGCGCGCCCUGGACUCCGAGGCGGAGUGCGCGAGAGCAGCCCGCGCGGAGGUGGAGGAGCGAGACGCCGCGGUGGUGGCCGGGGCCGAGAGCCUGGAGAGGCUGCGGCACGCGCUGCACUCCGAGGCGGCGUGCGCGGCCGGCUCCCGCGCGGAGGGGCGCGACGCCGCGGCUGCAGCCGCAGCCCGUGCGGAGGGCCUGGAGAGGCGGGUGGACGAGCUGAAGGCGGAGCUGCGGGAGCGGGACGAGGCUUCCACGGCGACCGCGGAGAGGUUCCGCAGCCUGGAGCACGCGGCGGGGGCGUCCUCCCAGGCGGCGCGCGUGAAGGUGCUGCAGCUCCAGGGAGAGCUCCAGGAGGCCAGGCGCCAGGCGUCCAGCGCCCGCAGCGCCGCCGCCACCUCGGCGCCCACGUCUCCGGUGCCGUCUUCCUCCGCGUCGCCGCGGCUGCUGGCGCCGCGGCCGCUGCCCGCGGCGUCGGCCCCCGCCUCGCCAGCGCUCACCACGCCG